UUCCAAAACAGAAUGUCUGGGCCCUGAGACUCAUCCAGGGUCCCAGGCUGGGGCAGAGCUCUAACAAGGAGCGCGUUUCUCUAUUGAGCAGACGUGUGUGUGGGACGGCAUCGGGUGUGCUGGAGGAAAAGACAGAGCGAGCAUCCUUUUCCAUCCACUCCACUCUGCCUGUUAGAUUUCCUGGGAAGCGCUUAUCAAAAACCAACACUAAGGAAGUUGCAACUUUUUUUUCUUUAAUAAUUUAUUUUAUUUGUUGUUGAAAAUGUGCACAGCAGUACAUAUACCAGUGCGACAGUUUCUACAUGUGGGAAUUAAAACUUUUCAUAUUGACUUUUUAAAGCUUUUAUGUUGAUUUUUCCAUUUCAUUAGGUCAAGACUUUGUUAAUUAGGAAAACAUAAUCCUACUUACUAGAGAGAUCUGUGUGGGAAGAUGUUCGGUUUUCUCUUUCUGGUUACAUUUACUUUGAACCCUGCUUUUUUGGCUGCUGCAGCUGCUAACCAAAAGGUCAGCACUUUGAAUCCACCAGGUGCUCCUUGGAAACCCUAUGGAGAGGUUCUACUCUGUACUGUGGAGUUGACAGGAAUGGGUUUGGCUUUGGUUUUGUUUGCCUGUGACAAGUUGAGGGACUCAGUGGAACUCACAGCUCCAGGCUUCCAGCCCACCCCUGUGCCAUGGGGACCAGAGCUCAGCUUCCGUCUGUAUUCAGCUGGGGAGUAUGUGUCUACUGGGGAAGAUGAAGGGGCAGUUAGGCAGGGCUGGAGAAGGCAGGGUGCAGACGUGGGGCCCAGAAGGAGUAGCGGAAUUUUGCACCAGAUAGAGUUAAAAUGCGGGGGUGAGUGCACGGUGGGCAGCCAGGCCAGAACUGCUCUGAGGGUCUUGCUGAGCUGAGUAAAAGUCAAGGUGAUGCUGGCCAGCCUGCCCCAGACACCCAGCACUGAGGAAAGCAGGAGGACAAGGAGGUGGUUCUUGUGGGUUAGACUCCGCCAUCUCCAGAAGUGAGCCCCCAUGUGGGUCAUGUGUGGAAUCAUUGCAUCCCCUUGUUUUCAGGCAUGCUGGAAAAUGACCUCAACGAUGUGGAGCAUUGGUUGGGAUGGCACUUCCAACUGAGAGGGCAGCUUUUGAUAAAACUCCUCGAAGUAUAAAAUUGCUGAUGGUAGCUAUCCUUGUGGGUGCAAGGAGCUGCUGGGGGGUGCAGUUUGUUGGAGGGUCAAAUCCACCCAGAGGUGCCUCAGAAGAAAGGCUGGUGAUCUGCUUCCAAAAAUUCAGCUGUUGAAAACCCCAUGGAGCACAGUUCUACUGUGACACACAUGGUGUCGCCCUGAAUUGAAAUUAACCCAACAGCAGCUGGUUACUGGUUACAGACCAGUCACACAGACCCGAUUGUGAUGGCAGUAAAUGCAAACUGUGGAAGAUGUUUAGGGCAUCCCACAGCCCGGCUUUGUGCCAAUAGGCCUGGCCUCGGCAAAGCUGGAGGUCCUUUCUGUGUCUCUCUUCUUGUGGUUCGCCCCCAAAGAUGCCCAUGUCCUAGUUCCUGGAACCUGUGAAUAUGUUUCCUUACCUGGCAGAGGGGUGUUAAGAUUGGCUGGGGAGCUUAUCCUGCAUUAUCCAGGUGGGCCCAGUGCCAUGACAAGGGUCCCUAAGAGUGGAAGAGGGAGGCAGAGAGUCCGGGGGAGAUGAUGGCAGAAAGACACUGUCUUGGACAUCUAGUGCUGCUGUAACAGAAAUACUGCAAGUGGAUGUCUUUAACAAAGAGAAGCUUAUUCUCUCGCAGUCAGGUAGGCUAGAAGUUCCAAUUCAGGGUGCCAGCUCCAGGGGAAGGCUUGCUUCUCUCUGUCAGCUCUGGAGGAAGGUCCUUGUCAUCAACCUUCCCACGGUCUAGGAGCUUCUCUGUGCAGGAACCUCAGGUCCGAAGGAUGCACUCUGCUCCCGGCGCUGCUUUCUUGGUGGCAUGAGGUUCCUGUGUCUCUCUUCUCACUUCUGUCUUUUAUAUCGCAAAAGAGUGGUUUAAGACACUACCUAAUCUUGUAUAUCUCAUCAAUAUAACUGCCACUAACCCAUCUCAUUACAUCGUAGUGAUAGGAUUUACAACACACAGGGAAAUUAUAUCAGAUGACAGAACAGUAGACAAUCAUACAAUACUGGGAAUCAUGACCCAGCCAAGUUGACAGAUAUUUUUGGGAACAUAGCUCAAUCCAUGACAGACACCUAGAUGCACCGUUGCUAGCUUUCAAGGUGGAGGAGGGGGCCACGCACCAAGGAAUGUGGACGGCCUCUAGAAGCUGGAAAAGGCAAGGAAAGAGAGUCUCCCCUAGAGCCUUCAGAAGGAACGAAGGUCUGCUCACUCUUGAUUUUAGCCCAGUGAGACCAUGUCAGAUUCUGUCCUACAGAACUAAACCGUGUGGUGGUUAAGCCACCAAGCAUGCAGUAGUUUGUGACAGCAGUCGUGGAAUACUGAUACACUUAGGCAGCUGACUUAAGUACAAAAACCAGAGGGCUGAAAAAUAAGCUAUACCGAAUACUAUUUAAUGUGAUUCAGGAACAAGUUGUGAGUGCCUACUGUAUACAGAGUAUUGGGGAGUAGGGUGAGAAAUCAGUGAGACCCAGAGAGCCCCAGCCCUGAAGGAGGCUACGGUUGGGAGGAGGAGCGUCCACAGUAACCCCCAAAGUACACAUUUGACUACCCUAACACAGGCCUGCCUUCCUGGCUCCCCAUCCUUCAAACCUGCUGCCCUCACACCCACCAGAUUUGGAGGGGAAAUGGUAAGCCUUGGCAGGUCCAGAGCAGAAGGACCCCUUGAGUCGGCUCACAUUUUCAGGGAGGCCACCCCAUAACCGGAACCCAUUGCCAGCAAGUCGAUUCCAAUUCGUAGCGACCCUAUAAGAUAGGGUAAAACUGUCCCGUAGGGUUUUUCUGAGGCUGCAGUCUUUACGGAAGCAUUUGACUAGGUCUUUCUCCCAUGGAACAGCUAAUAGGUUUGAACCAGUGACCUUUUGGUUGGCAGCCAAGUACUUAACUGCUGUACUACCAGGGCUCCUCGCCUGGCCUAUAAUAAAAACCAAGCCUGUUGCCACUGAGUCAGUUCCAACACAUAGCAAUCCUGUAAGACAGAGUGGAGCUGCCUGUAGGGUUUCCAAGGCCAUAAUCUUUACGGAAGCAGGCUACAACAUAUUUCUUCCAUGGAGCUGCUGGUGGGUUCAAACAGCCAACCUUUUGGUUAGCAGCCCAGCACUUAACUACUGCACCACCGGGGCGGCCAAUGCAAAAACCAAACCUGUUGCCAUCGAGUUGAUUCCCACUUAUAGAGACCCUACAGGACAGAGUAGAACUGUCCCAUAGGGUUUCCAAGGAGCAGCUGGUGGAUUUGAACUGCCAACCUUUUGGUUACCAGCCGUAGCCCUUAACCGCUGCACCACCAGGGCUCCAGGGUAGCCCGUAGUAGGUGUCGUGGAUUGAAUUGUAUCCCCCCAAAAUACUGGUCAACUUGGCUAGGUCACGAUUCCCAGUAUUGUCUGAUUGUCUGCCAUUUUGUCAUCUGAUGUGGUUUCUCUAUGUGUUGUAAAUCCUGUCACUAUGAUGUAAAGAGAUGGAUUAGUGACAGUUACGUUGGUGAGAUGUACAAGACUAAAUGGUGUCUUAAGCCAAUCUCUUUUGAGAUAUAAAAGAGAGAAGCGAGUAGAGAGACGUGGGAACCUCAUACCACCAAGAAGGAAGAGCAGGAGUGCGUGUCCUUUGGACCCAGUGUCCCUGCGCUAAGAAGCUCCUAGACCAAGGAAGACUGAUGAGAAGAACCUUCCUCUAGAGCCGGCAGAGAGAGAAAGCCUUCCCCUGGAGCCAAUACCCUGAAUUUGGACUUGUAGCCUAGCAGACUGUGAGAGGAUAAAUUUCUCUUCGUUGAAGCCAUCCACGUGUGGUAUUUCUGUUAUAGCAGCACUAGGUCACCAAGACAGAAGGUGUUUAACGAACGUUAUCCUUAGAGCCGUGCCCUCCAAGGCCUCUAGAGCGCUCUUGGGCAUGGUUGUCACUGGUGUUGGGAAGGCCUGGCUCCUGCCUUUGAUCUGUGAAGACUGCAAAGGUCAAUGGGUUGAGCUUGUUGCAGUCAAGGAGGAAGUGAGCUCUGGCAGCGAGCCAGCAGAGUGGGGCCUCAAGGCCCAAGGGCUCUCAGGACGUGGCUCUGCAGACGGGCCACAUAGUGGGGGUCAAGGGAAGGUGGCUGCUCUGUCGCAGUGAGGGGCUGGGCCGAGAGGCGCCGCCUGGUGCCCUGCAGAGGGGGCAGGAGCUAGAACGUGCCCCCCUCAUCUCUGCGCUGCUCUUCCUGCCCAGCCGUAUCCUGCAAGGGAGGAGUUUCUCUCUGGCAGUGGCUGUUGAACUUGUUUGUUCUGCCACCACUACAUACCACUCCCUGAGGAAGCUGGGGGAGGAGGAGACCCUCUAGGCUCUGGGCUGUGUGGGGAUUCUUGCUCCCUUUCAUCCAAAGCCCUGCAGUAGAAUCCAGCGCCAGGCCUGUGGCUGCCCAUGAAGGUCCCACCCGGCUCCCACGCUGAUGCCCGCGAAGCCCUCUGAGCCCCUGGAAUGGAAUGAGUCUAUGCACGCCCUGCGGAUAAGUGUGGGGGGCCUGCCCGUGCUGGCGUCCAUGACCAAGGCCACGGACCCCCGCUUCCGACCGCGCUGGAAGGUGAUCGUAGUUUUCUUCGUGGGCGCCGCCAUGCUCUGGGUGUUCUACAGCCACCACUCAUCCUCCCUCAGGCCCCCCGUGCCCAACGCCCACAACUGGAGGCUCGGCCCAGGCUCCGCCGACCGCUACAAUGACACCUAUCCCCUCUCCCCACCCCAGAAGACUGCCGGUGGCACCCGGUACCGCAUUGCCAUCAUCGCCGACCUAGACACAGAGUCCAAGGCCCAGAAGGAACACACCUGGUUCAGUUACCUGAAAAAGGGCCACCUGACCCUGUCAGACAGUGGGGACUGGGUGGCCGUGGAGUGGGACCCAGGCCACGAGGUCCUGGAGUCCCACCUGGCAGAGAAGGGGCGGGGCAUGGAGCUCUCCGAGCUGAUUGUCUUCAAUGGGAGGCUCUACUCUGUGGACGACCGGACAGGCGUGGUCUACCAGAUUGAGGGCUCCAAGGCUGUGCCCUGGGUGAUCCUGUCAGACGGCGAUGGAACCGUGGGCAAAGGCUUCAAAGCCGAGUGGCUGGCCGUGAAGGACGAGCAUCUGUAUGUGGGCGGCCUGGGCAAGGAGUGGACCACCACCACAGGCGAGGUGGUGAACGAGAACCCCGAGUGGGUGAAGGUAGUGGGCCGUAAGGGCAGUGUGGACCACGAGAACUGGGUGGCCAGCUACAAUGCCCUGAGGGCCGCCGCCGGCAUCCGGCCGCCAGGCUACCUCAUCCAUGAGUCUGGCUGCUGGAGUGACACGCUGCGCCGCUGGUUCUUCCUGCCGCGCCGGGCCAGCCACCAGCGCUACAGCGAGAAGGAAGACGAGAGGAGGGGCACCAACCUGCUGCUGAGCGCCGCCCAGGACUUCAGCGACGUCUCUGUGCGCCGUGUCGGUGAGCUGGUCCCCACGCACGGCUUCUCCUCCUUUAAGUUCGUGCCCAAUACCGACGACCAGAUCAUCGUGGCCCUCAAGUCCGAGGAGGACAGCGGCAAGGUCGCCACCUACAUCAUGGCCUUCACGCUGGACGGCCGCAUCCUCCUGCCGGAGACCCGGAUCGGGAACGUGAAGUACGAAGGAGUAGAGUUUAUCUGAAACGAACCCAGAACAUGAAGGCGCUGAGCAGAGCCGAGGGGCGCAAGGUUUUAUAAAAACCAGAGGACUGUAUUUUUAUGUGGGCUUUGUUUGUUUCCUUUCCUUUUCGGAAGUAGUAGGUCUCUGCCUGAUUUAGAGAUUUCCAGAAAAAGGGUUCAGUCCCAGGGCACAUCAAGCCGUGGGGGUAUGGCACCGAGGAGCCGGGAAAAGGGGCCUUGGCUCCCCAGGCUGCUGUGGCCACACUGCUCCUCUGCACUGCCAUCUGGUGGUAAAAGGUGAUCGUUGCAUCUUAACGUGGUGGGGCUUCUGUCGUUUUCAGUUCCCCCAGGCCAUUUCUUCCUUCUGAGCACCCUUUCCUUCCAUUCAUUCUUCUGUUCAAUAUUUAUUGAGUGCCUGCUAUGCGCCAAGCACUGUGCCCGCCCUGGGAACACAGCCAUGGCUUUGAGACCAGCCUGCCCUGUAGUAAAUCCCAGGCCACCCCUUUUCUUCCAGCCUCGUGAUCUUCUGGCAUUAGACACCCCAGCCCAGUCCUUGGGGGCUAAAACGUUUACAUUACAGGACACUGCAGGGGCUGCGUGAGGGCAGGCUCUGGCACACGGGUGCCUGAAGCUGCAGCGAAGGGUCCAAGCUCACCCCUCGGCUCCCAGGUCUCCCAUGAAACAACCUGACUCCAUUUUCUCCCUUCAGGAAAAUUCUUUAGCCGUGUAGCACUUUGAAGUUUAAUUAAGGUAAUUUUCUUCCCAACGUAAUGGAGUCGGCACGUCUUGUCUGUCGCACGGAGCAAAGUCCUGCAGUGAAGGUGGCGGGCGGGCCCUGGCGGUGAAGGAGCCGCCACGCCUUGUCUGUCACGUGGAGCAACGUCCAGCAGUGAAGGAGCCGGCCACAGGGCAGGUGCAGCUGGGGAGGCGAGUUUUUAAAGGGUUCUGCAUCCUCAGCCAGCAGAUGCAAAGAUAAGGAGACGUUGCCUUUUUCCAGCAGCUCGGAAGUUGUCAUGCCUUUAAAGACUCAUGAGUGACUUGAACUUUUCAUUUCCUGAAGAAAGUUGGCCCCCAGGCUCCGACCACACAUACUUGACUCCGGUCCCAAAGCUGCUUUCUCUUGGAGUUGAGUGUCUGUGAAUGAGGCCACACGCCUGGGGUUUCUUCCCCUGACCCUGGUUUCUCCUCUGUCCAGUGGGUAUUCUCAGCCCCUUCCCCAUGGAAACUUCACACACUUGGGCUUGUCAGUGGUCCCCAUUGUCAUUGGUCUCUUGCCAUUGGCCCCCAUCGUCAUUAGCCCCUGUUGUCAGUGGCCCCGUUGUCACUGGUCCCCACUGUCAUUGAUUCCUGUUGUCAGUGGCCCCCAUUGUCAUUGGUCCCCCUUGUCAUUGGUCCCCAUUGUCAGUGGCCUCCAUUGUCGUUGCCCCCUGUUGUCAUUGGUCCCCAUUGUCAUUGGUCCUGUUGUCUUCUGACCCUCCAGGGUAAAGGCAGGGAGGGCUUGGGGCAGACAUUAGCUGCGACCAAAGCCAAGAAGGGCCGUUUUCAUCAGCCCGCAGUGUCCUCCCUGAAGAAGCUACCUCAUUCUGUGUGACUCCCUCAUGGCAACAUGAGGCCACGCAGCUGGGCAGACAGAGGGCCUUCUGGGCUCUGUUACUGUGCUGACCCACUCCAACUUUUCCUACUUGGAAACAAGUACGGCCUCUUGGAGGGCAGCUAGAAAGGCCCCCCUUCCUUGUGCUGGCGUCUUUCCCCGCUGAGUAUGAUUCCUCCAUCUAAAACUCCUCCACUGGGUGUCGCCUGGAUGAGCUCAGCUUUUCUCCCUUCGCCUGACUGGGCUCUCUGACUCAGCUCCUGGGGAGAUGUGGGUGAUGGCAGGGUGGUGGUAUUUCAAACCGGAGGGAGACAGGCCUGGGAAGCCUGGAGGACUUGGGGCAAUCGACAGACGAGACGAUUCUGAAGCAUCUGUGUCAGCGUCUGAGCUGCAUCCUAGGUGUCUGGAAGCGGCGUUUCACACAGUGUCUUCAGAUAGGUUUAUCUGAGAUAUUUCAGUAUCUUAAUGCCAGCCUCUUUCUUUUCUCUUCCCUCUUUAUCACCCUGAGUCAGAGUCGACUCGAUGGCUGUGGGUUUGGUUUGUUUUUUAUCUGCUACUGGAAGCCCCUGAUUGUGCCCCUGUCCUCGUGGAUCCAUUUCUUUUAUGAACAAUAAAGUGUCAGAGGGAACUGUGAA